CAACUCCACCUCUAUAUAAUCGAUCUCAUCUGUUCCGAUGUUUUGCUCAUAUCAUACACUUAUAACUUGCCCAUCUCAUUGCUGGAUGUAUUCUCUUAUUUGUAAGCCUAUAGUGAAGCUACAUAAAAAAAAGACGUGGAUUGGCUCUUGUGAAUGGACUCCUGUCCGGCGGCACAAUGCUUCCCAUCUCCGAGGGCAGCCAUUGAAACAACACGGUAGUCUACGAGUCGUCGAGCUUUACAGGAGAAGAUCAAGGAUAUCAAGAAGAGAAGCAAUGAAGCCGAAAAUGGCGAAAGGUAAGAAGAAGACAGAAAGUUUGGAGAUGAAGAACCUCAAGCUUCUAAUAAAGAAUCACAGCAUCAUCCAGAAGAACGAGAAGUUGAGGGAGAAGGCUCUUCUUCUCCACCAAGAGAACGCAGCUCUACUCCUUCUGCUUAAGAACAAGUUUUCCUGUGGAGCGAAAGACGAAAUAGUUGAUCACUAGGAACAUCCUUUCACUUGAUCGGUGAUUCCAUCGAUAUAGCCAGUGUUAUUCGUUUAGUACAAUUUAAAAUAAAUCGGAAACAAUCUGUGCUAUCACCUAACAGAGUAGAAUAUUCUGUCAAUUAAUGUCGAUUGUGCGACUAAUUUUUGGAUAAGUAAAGCAACCGAUAUGUUUCUUUCUCUCA